AGUUCUAUUUCAACCAUGAAAGAAACCAGAAUUAUUCUUGAAUCUUGGAAGAGAAAACUCGUCGAUAAGAAUGAUAAAAUGAUUGAAACGGACCGUCCGUUGACGUCAGGGGUAGAAAUGGCGGAAGAUUAUAUAAAUGGAAAUACAGAAAUAAAAAGCAAAAGUGGAAACUUAAAAUUUAGACAUAGAUGGGGUCCAUCACACAAUGGAGCAAAGGAGCUUGCUAACCUCUAUACAAUUGGUAAACGAAAUCAGGAGCUUGUCGCGAUAACAAUAUCUUGCUUUCUUUUCUUUCUUGAUUCAGUAAUCCUGCUUUAUUCAAUUAAUAGAAUUGAUCCUUGCACUGUACUACUGGCAUGUAUUUCUGGUAUGGGAGCCGCAGACUUCCUUUCUGGAUUGGUUCAUUGGUUGGCUGACACCUGGGGCAGUGUUGAAAUACCGCUGUUCGGCAAGAAUUGUAUUCGACCUUUUCGAGAACACCACAUUGAUCCAACUUCAAUUAUUAGACAUGAUUUUGUGGAGACAAAUGGAGAUAAUCUAACCUUAGCAAUACCACUUCUAACCUAUGUAACCUUCAUUCUACUGUCCUCAACUCCCUCCCAGGUGUCAGAAGAUAGCUUCAAAAUUUAUUUCUUAUUUCUUUUAACAAUAUUCGUUGCUCUUACAAAUCAGAUUCAUAAAUGGUCACACACAUAUUUUGGUCUUCCUGCUUCGGUCAAGCUUUUACAGAAUGCACACAUAAUACUACCCCGAAAACAUCAUAGGAUUCAUCAUGUGUCACCUCAUGAAACAUACUAUUGCAUCACGACAGGCUGGCUAAACUGGCCACUAGAGAAAAUAGGGUUUUGGCGUAGACUAGAGUCUGUGGUUAUCCGAUUUACUGGAUGUAAGCCUAGAUCUGAUGAUCUGAAAUGGAGAGAGAAAAAUCAUAAAAAUUAAACUUUCAAGAAAAUAAAAUAUUAUAAAAUAAAACAAUAAAGAUAUUACAAAAUCUUCGUCCAUGACUAAAUUUGUAAGUAAUCGUCACUGUUAAAAAUCUUGGAUAAUUGAUAGUUACAAAAAAACCAGUUUUUGUAUCCUUUAUUAUAUUUGUAUAGAAGUAUGUUGUAUAGACAGAAGUAUUUGCUAUAAGUGCAUAUCUGUAUUUCCUGACUUUCUAUUUUUGAUAUGGUUCAACUAAAUUUUACUAGUUAAAUACUUAUUACUUGUUAAAAUACCAUAUCUGUCAUCAUAGCCUAUCCCGUCAUGAGGCAAAAUUUUAAAACUAAUAAAAGAUUGCGAAAAUAUCUAAUGGUGCUUGAGUUUUUUGUAUUAUGAUUCUUUAAAUAAAAAAAAUUGCAGGAAAGAUUCAUGUUUUAUCCCCAAGAGAUAACGAGUCUUUAUCCAAACAUCCUAGAGACAUUGUGGUAUUAACUUCGUUAUGCUCGGGUAAUAGCCUCUGAAAGAGAAAAGUGUUACGGUUUUUAAAACCCUUUUA